AUGGAAGACAACGAUGAUGACUACUUCUCUGAUGACUUCGAUUCUCUGCCUCCCGGGACGCUGUUUGACCUAGAGCAAAAUGCCGUUCAAGCUACCCAGGCACAGGCCAGUCAAUACCAGCAUCAUUCGACAGCCUCAAAUAACCCGACUUUCCAUACGGUAACCGUCCACAACUCCGCGACCUUGCAACCGCCACCUCGUCUACAUACCGGACUAACGAACGAAUAUGGCACAUUGGAAGUUGGAGAAUUACAAGCGGAGGUACAUGAAAAUGGAGAUACCUCUAUGGCUUUUUCAAAUAGCUAUCAUGUGCCAGUCAAGGAGCACGGGCGCCCUGUCAACGGCGGGAUGGACGAUGCGAUGGAGGUGGAUGACCAUGAUCCCGGGAACGUCUCUGCGACAAUUGCGCGUCUAGAACAGGUAGGCUCUUAUAAUUCACAGCUUGAUCCAUCAUUAAUGACCAUUGCCAAUAUACAGCUCGAGCGAGAGAAAGAGCAAAUGCGGCUUGAAUUGAUUGAGGCCAAAGCGCAGGUGCAAUCGAAAGCCGGCGAGAUUGCCAUCAUCCGAUCCAAACAGGUGCACAUGGCUGCAAUGCAUGACCAGCAGCUAGCAGCCCUGCGCAAGGCUCAUGCGGAAGAUGCAGCAAAAUAUAGAGAGACUACCGAAGCAGCGAUGAGCGAAGGACGCGUGUUGGCGACAGAGAAUAUCUUCCUUCAACAUGACUUAGCAGAGGAGGCACAUCAUUUACGCAAUAUCAAGUCGAAGCAUCGACAGGCAGAGGCGCGUCCUCCCGUAACGCCUAAGAAAUCUCGAGUCUUGCCAUUUCGAGAUGGUUUCGACGAUGACGAGAUCGCUGUAGUGUCGCCUAGCAAGUCCGCAACCCGGUCGAAACGAGCAACUCCGACUGUUCCCGGCAAGCGAAAACGACAGGCAAGCCUAGACAACCCAGCCGCGUUGCAGCUCAGCCCUGUCGGUGAGCUGAUAAUGGUUGACGCUCCUCCCGAUGGUCCUGAACCAGACGACGAAGGGCUCGAAUCGGGUGGACGUGAACAGCAAGUUACUAAAUGCUUGUUAAAUCACCGUAUGCCUCCUGGCCAAGAAACCGAUAUCGAGGCUCUAGCAAGGAUAUCAUUUCCCUCAGAACCAGCACGACCCAUAUCUAGCAUGGUCUUAGACCGUCUGGCUCAUUUGGACAUGGGCAGCUAUGUGGUGGAAUAUAUCCAUACCAUCGGGCCACUUUGGCAGCGUGCGUUAACUGAGCGGUUCUAUGAGCCUGUUCCUCGUUUUAUGACGCUUGUGCGAUACGUCCUUAAGAUGAAUGAUAUUCCACUUCCAAAGUUAAUUAGUCCCUUGGUCUCUGCAUUGCAAGAUUCCGUUGAGGUCAACGCGGUUCCCCGAUUUCGAUAUUCCCCCGCUGCACGGGGAAAGGGAAGAGCUCUUCGAUCGAUACCGACUCCACAGUCAGACUUGCAGCCACAGGUCGACUCGACCGAAGCUCUGCGCCUGCUGUAUCAUGUCGCAAGCGAAUUGCUACAUCUUCAAGAUGCACUGAAUGAAUUUUGGCGGAAUAUCCGACAUACCUUCAUCCUCGUUAUGUUACAUCCUUCACAGCCACUAAAAGAUAUUGUUCUGAUCGUGCAUCUCUUAGCGACUAGUAUUCGACCAGAAUCUUUCGGACCACUCAUGCCUUCAGAUGGGGAACAGAACGAUGUACAACGGUGGCUAGUCGACAGACUUUCCUGGAUGUUCAGUGAGCCCGCCCAGCCGGAUGAGGGUCUUGAACCUUACACCCCGCAUGACAUAUGUGCAAUGCGUCUGGAGGUUUUACUCCUGAUGGAGUCUUUAGCAUUCAACCCCGCUGCACCAACUCGGGAGCAUGGUAGCGCUACCAUUGCUGCUCAUCCCACCGCGUUAGCGCGCCUCUUCAGAUCCAUGCACGACGAACUCGAUGCGUUAUACUCUUCGCCGCCUGAACAGGGGGUGCGAUUUGCGUUAGUCAACGGACUGAUGCGUUUGUUAUUUGGAGUGAUGCGCCGCCACGGGUCAUCUGUUGACAUGCAGGAGAAGCUGGCGCGUGUUUCAGGAAGCAAACAGAAACACCUAGUGGUCUUGACACGCUUGGCAUUUUGCGACGGGUCUGUUCUCGAAGCCGGUAUUGAUGACGAGACUGUUGAUAUGGCCCACGAGCUGCUCGAGGAGUGGACUAAUCCCCAAGAAGCUGAUUCUUUGGCCGAUGUUUUUCCUAGUUCUCGACGAGAAUAA